AUAGUAACCGACACCAGCAUCACCUGUGUUCACAGAAUAAGUAGUAGUCAUGGGUGCGUUUGCAUCUCUGUUCAAAGGACUAUUUGGUAAAAAGGAGAUGAGGAUAUUAAUGGUUGGGUUGGAUGCUGCUGGUAAAACAACAAUUCUGUACAAAUUAAAGCUCGGAGAAAUUGUUACAACCAUCCCAACUAUAGGUUUCAAUGUCGAGACUGUAGAAUACAAAAACAUUAGUUUUACUGUGUGGGAUGUUGGUGGUCAGGACAAGAUCAGACCUCUGUGGAGACAUUACUUCCAAAACACACAAGGAUUGAUAUUUGUGGUGGAUAGCAAUGACAGAGAGCGUGUAGGAGAGGCCAGAGAAGAGCUGAUGAGGAUGUUAAAUGAAGAUGAGCUAAGGGAUGCAGUGUUAUUGGUGUUUGCAAACAAACAGGAUCUGCCGAAUGCCAUGAAUGCAGCAGAGAUCACUGAAACUUGGACUCCACAGCCUGAGAAACAGAAACUGGUACAUUCAAGCAACAUGCGCCACAAGCGGUGACGGUCUAUACGAGGGACUUGAUUGGUUAUCCAAUCAACUUAAGAAUCAGAAAUGAUAAGUUGGCAGGGAUGUGUAAUACUAUUGGAGAAGUGUUUGUCUUGGAAGACUUUCUGCAGGGGUAGACAAUUCUCACUAUUUCUUAAGUCAUGUAUUGUGUCGAGAGAAGGACAUAACACCAGAUGUAAUGUUGAACUGUUAAAUGUCAAAUCAAAUGUAGUUCUUCCUUUUCGCAUAUUUUAAUUAUUUUUUGGUGAACAAAAGUAAAAUAAAUUGAUCGUUUUAAGAAAUCAUCCAAUUGUAAAAUGCUUUCAUUUGGUUCUAUUGUCUGAUUAUCAAAGGUUUAUAAAUGAGCUGUAUUUUUUCAAGUCACCUGUUAAAAAUGUCAUGUAUACAUUCAAAUGAGAGAUAUUGAACGAAUUAGAUGUUAUGAUAUAUUUUUGCGUUGGCAUGUAGUACAGAGAUAGUUUAGUCAUGAAAUCGUGUUUCCAAAAAUAUGUGUUAUCUCCAAAAUUUCUUAAAACCACGCCAAUAUCAGAUUUAAAAAAAUCGUUCCCUGUUGCAACAGGUUUCAGGAUAUAUAUUGUAUCCUACCUGUCUGGUGCCAUAAACAUUAGCACCAGGGACUGUUUAACAGUCAUUAAUUAGCAUACAAUGUAUUAACCACAAUAAUCAAUUGAAAGUUUUGUCUGCUACAGCAGUACAGCAGUCACAGGUUUGUUGGUGGGUUUCAAAUCAAGUUUGAACCGAGCUGCAGACAAUUGGGGCCUAUAGGCAGACCAGUUCUUCAGUUUUGUGCGCUAUCAGGCCACCGCUCCAUCAAUAUUCCUUAACUUGAGUAAAUCUCUUAACUUAAAUUUUUCCAUAGAAAAAGGAACUUUAAUUAAAUUUUGUAAUGCUUUCCAGUGACAAUAUUUCUUAAAUUAUGGAAUAUUGAUGAAACUAGGCCUAUGUUAUGAAAAGUGAACUAUGAAAUUUUUGUUUCAAGACACGGUACAUGUGAUCUAUACAUUUUUUUUCAUGUUUAUACUGUUCUUAAUGGUUCUGAUUGAAGAACACUUAAAUAAGAUCGCUGUCCAUGUUUACAAUACCUAAAUAUCAUAAUGAUGUUGUUUCUUUAUGUAAACAAAAAGGAUGAUUUCCUUUUUUUGGUUUGGUCUGACCAAAUUUCGAGUUAUUACUAAGAUCUCCAAUUCCAUAACCGUUCAGAUUUUAUUAUAUUCUAGUUGUGAUAUCAUAAACAAAAGGAAAAAAUGCAACUUUGGUAAAAUUUGAUACUAACACUACUAUUCCGCUUUCUAAACUCCAAGCUCAUCUUCGGAAAGAUGAGGCUCAUUCCAUGAUUAAAGGAGGACCAAUUUGAUCAGUCUAACCAUAUAAAGGAGAGCACUCCAACUAUGCGAAAUUGACUGCUAUGGUAUAUAUAUAUACGGUAUAUAAUGUGAUAUACAUAGCUAGCUAGUAUGAAUACUUUGAAAAUUGGUCAUAUAGGAUAUAUUUUAUUCUAUUUGCACAUUGUUGAAAUUUGAUUUUCAUAUACGGAACAUUUUAUUCCGAUUUUAUUUGAUCAUCUUGGAAAUUGUCAUCUGAUAAUGAAUAGUCUUUGUAUGUGCUUCUAGAUUACAUUGAGCAGAAUGUUUAUUUAUCAUGUGUAUAUUGAUUCCUACCAAACAAAUUAAAUAAGAAAGUGGAUGGGGAAUUAAUUUCUAUUGUUGGUGUAUAAAGUCUUUCAGAAUAUUGUGAGAAUUAUUGUCACUUGUGUUAAGUAUAUUCACUGGUAUCUUUCUCCAUGCCAUCCAUCAAAAUUCUGCACAUAACCGAACUGCUAUAAUGUAUUACAUUAUGAACAAGCCGUUUUGAUCUGUGUGAAAACAUGCAUUGUCUUAGAGGGCCAACUCAGUUAUGUGAAAGUGAAGUUGUAAAGAAAUAAUAAAUACGACAAAAUGUA